GGCUUCUUCCGACAAAACUCGUGACAAAAUUGUAAUUACCGGUAACCUUCGCCAUCAAGUCUUUUGAGGGAACCAACACCAAGAACCGGCUGCUGGUUCGUUUGUGAAUGUUAAGAAGAUGGAUCUUCGGCGGAAGCUGUAGUUAAAUCAACCGCGGAGGACGAACCAUGUGGAGAGUUCAAGGUUUAUUUGGAAGAGUUCUGCAUCGAUUUCAUGGCAGCAACUCUUUACGAUUGCCACCGAACCCCCAUGUGGAGGACGAGGUCAUCAGUAACUCUGCUGCUCUCACCUCGACUCGACACCCCGUUGACAACAGGUCUCAGGAGGAUGAUGGGGAGAGGAGGAACAAGCAGAGGACUUUUCAGUUUGGGUUUACUGAGCUUCCACAUUACACAGCUCUGGAUGCUGUGAGAUGGGGAGCGGUUGCGGUGCUGUUCAUGCAGGUCUGCAGAAGGGUCCAUUCCACGUUAUCCUCGGGUUCUGAGCUGAAUCCCAGUCCUGGAACCCUGACAGCACCCUUAGCUGUGCAGAAGUGUGGAUUUCGGAUCCUGCUGGAAAUAUUAUCGAGGCGUGAUGUCCUGCCCAAAAGAAGAAACGUGUUGUGCCUGCAGACCGUGCCAAAGAGUCAGAACCAGGAUCAGUCUCCAUCUCAAAGCAGCUGCAGCAGCGAGCGUCUAACUUCUGACAGUUUCAUCUCUGACCACCAGGGGGAGCUUUACUACGAAGAAGAAGAAUCCCCUUUUUUCGAGCCCUGUCCUCUGCAGAAUGAUGCCAACCCAAACACCACAGAGAAGAAAGAUAAGGAAGCAUCAGAAGUAAGGUUGGCUGAAGCAGCUCUUCACCUCGGACAUGUUGGAGACAGCAGCGUUCCUGUUAUCCUUAACAUCAUAGGUUUAGAAAGUGCCAAGAGUGAGAAAUAUGAGGAAGCUUUCAGCUGCUUUCUGGCUGCAGCUCAGCAUGGCUACAGUAAGGCACAGUUUAACACAGGUGUGUGCUACGAGAACGGAAGAGGGGUCAGAAAGAACAAAACAAAGGCUCUGUAUUACUACAGGCAGGCAGCAGCAGGUGGCCACAAACAAGCUCAGUAUCGCUCUGCAAAGCUGCUUCUGACCAGCAGGGGGCAGCAGAGUGUGGAGGAGUUGAACACUGCUAUUAACUUACUAGAAGAAGCUUCCAGAGCUGGCCUCACCAAGGCUCAGGUUUGCCUGGCUUCCUUGUACUCUCGAGAUCCAAAACGAUAUGGCUGCAAGUCUGUGGAGUACCUGAGGAUGGCAGCAGAGAGCGGAGAUGACACCGCCCUGUUCUUUUUGGGUCAGUGUUAUGAAAGCGGCUUUGGUGUGCAGCAGAAUUUGAGGACAGCUGUUGAGUUUUACAAAAAAGCAGCACAAGCGGGAAACAAGCGAGCAAAGAGCUUAGUGACACCUCCUGACACGUACAGUAAGGAAGACGCAGUGCUGCGCUCCAUCCGUUCAGCUCCGUGCUUGUCUGUGGCAGAAACUCUCCUCCAGCAGCCACUUUCCUCUCUGGCCACUCACGCCUCAUCAUCCUCUGUCAGUCACCCUGCUACUCCUCUUCUUCCUCACUCCUGGAGCACCGGGAACUUGUCGUUCUCUACACCUCUUCACCUCCAUCCACCCAGCACUGAGAGCGGACCCUGCCAGUGGACUGUAGGGAUCGGAUAAAUCCAGUACGAGCUAAAGUACUUGUACAAGGAACGUAUCUGAAAGAGUCAGUGUUGUUUUACUGAAAGGAGCAGGUCAGUUUGUUUAGUGUGUACAUAAUGUGAAGCCUGGAAAAGUGUCAAUAGCUUUUAUAAAUGUAGGUGCCGACCAGAAAUAUUGUUUUUUUUUUAUGUGUAAGAAAGAGGUUUAGCAAAAAGCCAAAGAGGGAGCUUUCAGUUUUUUUACUUUAAAGGUAGCAUUAUUUUAUUUAUCAGAUCUUUGUUAGGUAGGAAAAAUAAAAUUUGUGCCUUUUAUUGCAUUUCUUGCCGUCAGCACAAGUUAAAAGAACUAAGAACCACCUUUACUGUUUUCUCAUCUACCAGCUGUGAUGCUAUUUCAAAUAUACACAAAUGUUUUCCGAUAAAGUGCCGAUUUCAGAAUCACUACAUGUUUUAUUAUCCAGCCUGUUAGCCAGACAUGCUAAUGUGGUAUAUGAUGCAUUGUGAGGAGGCUGUUACUGUUAAACGUGCAUUUUUAAAAAUGAAUAAA